UGUGUGUGUGUGUGUGUGUGUGUGUGUUAGAAGCCUGUUCCUUUUCGACAUGGAAAAGUUUUUCUGCACUUUCCCCACUGCCAGGCUCCAACAGGUCGGUCACUGGGGCAGUUUGAGCAGUGCUGAUUCCUGACUAUUUUCUCUGAAGCCAUUUUGACUUCUGGUACCAGGUCGGAGGGGGAAAGGUCUCAGAAAAGUGUGACGUCAUGUCACGCUGAUAGGAAUAGAUUCAAAAUUCCAGAACAGGUUUCUUCCCAUUUGUCAAUGAUCAUUCCACUACAGCCUCUCCCAUUUCAUUCAUACAUAGGCAUACAACUGUAUUUAAGAGUUAAGUCCUUUCUGACAAUCUGAAAGUAGCCCUAAGAUGCCCAUCUGAAUCUUUAUUCUAGUAUGAUUCUACUCAUUUUCCUGGUGUCAUUAGCAUGCUCAUAGGGAGUGCAGUCGUGUUUUUACUAAGGGCUGUUCUGUUGGGGUUAUUCUUGUAGGUUUUCUUCUGAAGAUCUGAUUGUACUACAUCCUUUUCCCUAUUUCUUUAUAACUCCACAAAAGAGAGUCCUCUGGAGACAAGGUGCAGAAAGGACAGAUGGAGGAAGAAUAAAUGGAAGAUCAGAGGGCAGAGGGUCCCAGGUGCUGCUGCAGCCAAGGGAUUCUGUGCCAGGGGCUCAUUUAUCACAGCUUGUCUCCUGGCAGUCUGUGCUGCAGGAACGAAAGUGAGACAGACGAAGAGAGAUCAAAGCAGGCGGGGGAAAUGGAAAAGUACCCACCCUGUCUAGUCCAUAUCAAAAAUAGAGAUUUUAAUGUGUCCGCAUCAUUUGGAGUCAGAGGAUCCUCUCCAUCUCCAAGGUCUAACUCUCUGAUUCUUUUUCUUCCAUCACAUUUUGUCUAGCAUUUGGGUGCAGGUGGGGAAGAUUAAGGGAGGGAGGUGGCAGCUUGUAUAUUAGUUGUUUGUGCUCAGGCUUGCCAUCAAGCCUAGUUCAUACCUUCCCUCUUGACCCCUUGGCCCUUUGGCCCCUUCCCCAGUUGUUUGGGGAUAUGAAUAAGUUUGUUUACUGUCUGUUGACCUCGUGAUGUCUUUGCACAGACAUGACCCAAAGUCAUUAUUCCUUUUGGGCUUCUCUGUUUCCAUGACUACCAUCUCAGGGUUGGCUACUUUCCCAAGGUCACCAUGGCAACUAUCAGAGGGGAAUCAUGCUUGGGAUGCUUUGGCUGGGUUUUUCAUGAAUGAUUAGAAUGUGUGACACAAUGCAGACGUGAAAAUGAGAAGGGAGGGUGGAGGGGACUGGUUGGUGGGUGGCUGGGGGGAGAACUCCCGCCAGACAGUCUGUGUGCUCCCUCCAUACACCCAGUGCUGCUGCUGCCCAUCUCACUCUCCAGCUACAGGCUUCGAAAUCCAGCUCAUUGACUCCCUUGCUCAUCAGGGACCACGGGGUAGUCUCAGCCGGAGUCCUUCCACGCUCUUCAGAUCGUGGGGUCAGGAUGUUGGGGGCAGCAUAGGAGGAGGUGGUGAUGUCACAACUGCAGUGCCCUUUUCCGCGUUGCAUUUUCCAAUCAGUUCUGUCCAGGUGACUGUGCCCAGGUUAUGACGACUAAUCCUAAACCAAACAAGGCAUUAAAGGUCAAGAAGGAGUCAGGAGAGAACGCCCCAGUGCUCAGUGAUGACGAGUUGGUAUCGAUGUCUGUGCGAGAGCUCAACCAGCACCUCCGGGGCCUCACCAAGGAGGAGGUAAUCCGCCUGAAGCAGCGUCGGCGCACACUCAAGAACCGGGGCUAUGCCGCAAGCUGCCGCAUCAAGCGGGUGACCCAGAAGGAGGAGCUGGAGCGGCAGCGGGUGGAGCUGCAGCAGGAGGUGGAGAAGCUGGCCCGAGAGAACAGCAGCAUGAAGCUGGAGCUGGACGCCCUGCGCUCCAAAUACGAAGCGUUGCAGACAUUCGCCCGCACCGUGGCCCGCGGACCCAUCGCUCCCACCAAGGUCGCCACCACCAGCGUCAUCACCAUCGUCAAAUCAGCUGAGAUUUCAUCCACCUCGGUGCCCUUCUCGGCUGCAUCCUAGUGCUCCAGGCAGCUACUGAUUAGAGGGUGGGCAGGGUGAGGGCGGAUAGGACUGGCAGCCCUUUGAGAAGGGGACAGGGCAAUGUCUCUUGUGUUUGGUCAGAGUCUCCUCAGUCCUGUUGAGUCGAUGUUGAGUCCUCAAAAACAGUGCAAACUACCUGUAAAGGGACCCUCAAUGGCUGUUUCACAGUGGCCUUUGAUGGUUUGUGAUAGGAAUUUGAGCUUGGGUGUAAGAUAAGGGAAAGACCUUUUGUUGAACUACCCCAUUCAGCUCCCCUUUCCUGUUUCACCUUCCUUCCCCAUUGCCAGACCUUUCUUUCCACCCCUUUGUGACGAUAGCCGAUCUUGUUAUUGAGGAAAAGUUUAUUUCUUGAGGUGCCUCUUGGAUGUUUGGCAGCCAGGAAAUAUAUAUGGGACCCCAAGAUUCACCAUACAAGGGACCAUUACUCCAGCAGAUUCCUCUGUCAGCCUAUGGCAACUAUUGUUCAAGGGGACCUCUGCACCAUCUCCUUGCCCACCUGAAGAGGCAGCAUCACAUCUGUUUUGUGCUUAAAAUGAAACUUAAGUGGUGACUCUGUAAACAUGAUCUAUUUGAGAUGUACCAGUUAGAGAAGGCUCUCAGUUUUUAGCUCAUAUUUUCAACAGUUUAACGUAUUUUCAACUUUCUUCCCCCUCCCCCCAGUCUCUCCUCUACCCCGCCUCUCUCCCCUAUGUCCCCCAGUCAUGAGGAAUACAUUUUCAAGUUCCUGACAUGACUAAAUGCCUGGCUUCCCUCCCUGAGCAAGACCUGAACAGAAGGCAUGUAGUGCAGCUUAAUUCUUCCAGGUGUUCUACAUUUAGAGUGCACUCACAGCCCUGUUUUAGCAGUUAGCUUAGGAUUCCCUGGUGCUCCAAUAAAGGAGGUGUAGAAAGUAUUAGGUAGGCUUUCGCGUGUGUGCUCAUGCACACGUGUGCACAGGAUUCCCCAGGGGAGAUAUCAUAGCAGUAUUACCAGGCAGAAACUGAGCAGUGGCAAGAGAAUGUCUGCUCCACAGAGGACUGAUUGAGUACAAAGGUGUUAUUUAAGGAGUAACAAAGUGUUCAGGAUGGUCUCCAGAGUAUAACCAGCAGGAGAGCUUCAGCAGGAAGGAAGUAGCAUAUGCUGGGGAAACCAGGACAUCUAGACACCCGCUUAUAUGCAAACGGGGUGACUGCUGGAGAGCACAGGGAGCAAAAACAGUCUCCUCUUGUUCCAGUGGGGAGCCAUCCAUCAUGGGACGAGCUGCCAAAACAGCAGGCAGGUUAUUGGACGCUGGUAGAGAGGAGGGAAGCUUCGAGGAGGAGCCAGUGUACUUGUUCAUUGAUUUAGAGCAGAUCUGCUGGUAGGCAUUUCAGAGCUGAUGUCAGCGUCCUUACUUCUACGUGAAUAGUGUCUUGUGUUCUAGGGAUCUGCUUGUGGUCAGCUCUUCUCCAUGUAAGUGAGAACACUGAGUCUCUGAAACAUGGUCAUUUUGAGGGACCCAGAGAGGAAAUACCAAAAAGAAGGGUUCUUGUUGGGGAGGAGACUUGAAGAACAGAAGCAAACCUUUGGUUCCAAGGAAAGGAGGUGAGAAGGGAUUAAGGGUGUUGUGGAGGGGAGGAGAGGGAGAGAGAAAUGGAGGCAUCAGAUCACUGAUGCUCCAGCCUGGUAUUUGGUAGCCGAAAGACUUUAUUUGGUGCCAGUAGAGAUGCUGUCUUGUACAGUACACUUGACAUAGUGGUUCCUGUUAGAGAUGAGACAGGAAGUAGCCUUGUGUGAGCCAAGAGAGUGGUGUGGGGAGCCGAUAGGGCCUAGAGAAGAAGGGGUCAAGGGUAAAGGUUAUCUUGUGCCACUGAAAGAAAUAGAAAAUGAGUGUUACAGAAAGAAAUAGAAAAUGAGUGUUACAGAAGAGACUAGAAUGUGGCUUGAGGAAAUUAUUGUUGUCUUGAUUGACUAAAGAAGGUAGAUGGUGCACUCUAGAGAGGAAGUAUGUUUUGAACUUGAUUACUGAAAGUUUGAGGUUUACCAGGUGGAUCCUCGAGAAUCUAAUUGUGCUCUUUUUCCACUGCAUAAAAGAUGAGGGGAAUCUGUGCAACCUUGGUGCUCAAACAUCGUCUGAAGCCUUUAACUUGCUUUUUCUUUGCUGAGCAACUGAGCCAUCAAAGAUCUCACAGUAAUGUUUUCCUGUGGCUCCUUCCCAAUGGAGAGUAGUAAAAGCAACCUCAGAACACUUUCUGGAUGACUUUAUUAAACGUUUGGGAAGGUGUUUAUUUAGCAUUACUACUUCCAUAUCUUCCACCCGCCCUGCUAAUAGAUUGGUGUUGACUGUUAAGGUUGGGGAAUGAAACUGAGCUAGGGUCACAUUCCCUGGUCAAGAAGCAUAUUCUAUAAAGUCCUCUGGAUCAACUAAGUGCAGGUGCAGUCUGGAUUCUUUAUGUGUAGAUACCUGUAUGUUUGUCUAUGGGGUGGGAGGUGGGGAAGAGGAAGAGUGGAAUGUGAUGCCUAUCAGUUGGCUUCGGGGAAGGUUAAAUAUACCAUAGCCCAAGAGCAACCCUGCACUUGGAGAAAGCUUUGUUGGGUUCAUCAGAAAGAAACCUUUUUCCCACCCCAUUUCCCCAGCCCCCUGCCCCCAUUUCCCUCUUACUCUGCUCCCCCCCCACCCCUAAACAAAACACACAAGCUGCAGAGGACCUUAAGGGUCCUUAACCACAUAGGGAGGCUAUCAUAGGAGUGACACAGGCCCCAAGGGCUGAAUCUUCAUUCUGUGUCUCUGCUUGUUGGAAUAAAACAAGAAGUAUCUGAACUUCUCCAGUGGCACUGCCAUAUGGCUGAAUAGCUUUCCAUUUCCUGGAAGAGUGCCAAAGGGUUUGGCCAAGCUGAGAGCCAGGUCUCUACCAGUAGGCACUUGGAUUCUUCCAAAACAAGAGGCCUGAGUGUUAAUAAAGCUGUUGAUACCAUAGCCAUGGUAGGUAAUCCAUAUUGGAUAUCAAUAAGGACCACGUGGAAAUAUUUAAAGAGAGAGAGAAAAAAGUAAAUAUAUAUAUAUAUAUAAAAUUAUAUACACAUUUUAUCGUACAGAUUUUUCGUAAGCAAAAUUAAUUUUUUUUUCAAGUUUGAUACUGUAAAUCUUUAUUAAAAAUAAUUGUCAGGUCAGGAGUCCCUGACCUGGCAGUUUGACCUGGGGGUAGAGAAUGGGAGUGUCUUCCCUUCUUUAUCCCUAACUCUUCUGCAAAUGAGUCAUAACCACAGGCUCUAUGGAAGGAGGGAUCUAUUGGCUGCUCCCCACACCCAGUUUUCCCUCUUCCAUUCUGAUUAGGGCUCUGGCUCUAAGGCCCAUGCAUUCUAAAUUCUAUUCUGCAUGACAUUCCUCUGAACCACUGCCCUAGGCUUUUGGGAUGACCCCAACCAGGGCUGUAACUCCCACCAGAUGUCAUGCCUUGGCAUUUCAUUCCCCAGGUGCUCCAGCCAGAUCCUCUCCCCAACCCUGCAGUCUGCUCCACAGAUACCCCUCCCAAGCAACAGGAUUUCCUGCCAACCCCUUUUUUCCAGGGUAGGUUUCAUUCUGAACUUCUUGGUGUCCAAGGCUGGAGUGUUUGUUCUCCUUACUUGUGAUACACAGUAAAGGCAGGUGGGUUUUUAGUAUUGUUGUUGUCACCUUUUUCACACAUUGUUGAUGCCCCCUCAGGAUGGGAAGGACAGUGCUGUGCAUGGACAAGUCAAUUUUUACAUUGAAUUUUUGACCUGUAAACCCCUUCCCAGAAUGCAGGAAGGGUGGAGGGCUGGGGACAUGUCCAAGAGUUACAGUAGAUCAAUAGCUGUGCUUGCCUGGUCGCCUGGAGGAAUUUUGGAAGUAUGGGCAGACAGCUGAUCAGUACCUGAAAUCUGAAGCUGUAGGCUGAGUAGGGAGCAAUGCAUUUAGUGGAAGUGGAAGAGAAAGCAAGGUGGGGGCAAGAGGAUGAUAGUGCUAAGAGAGUUUGGUAUCCCCUGGAGAUAAUGUUGGGCAUAGGCCGGCCUGGGAAAGAGGUGACAUUUUUUUCUCUCUCUCUUGCCCUCCCUUUCAAAUCAUUGAAACUUCAUUGUCACAGUUUUAAUAUUUUGGUUUUCUUUUUUAAUUUAAGAAAAAAAGUCCAUGACCUUUUUGUAAUGUGGAUUUGCUUUCCUUUUUCUCUUGUGCUUUAAUCUUCUGGGACCUUUCCAUAGAAGGCAAUUCCUUUGCUUCCUUUUUCCCCCCCAAUGAUAGGGACAAUCUGUUUAAGUUUUUAGCACCAGCUCAUUCUGUCCUCUGUGGUUAUUCAGUAAUUUCAUUUCAAUAUUUAUUUUUGUGCUGCUUUUUUAUUAUAAUAUAUAAAUUAUUGAGAAUAUACCAAGUAAUGUGGAUUCCUGUUUGUAUGGCGUAUAGCCUAGUGUUUGUGUCCAUCACUUUUCUCUUCUGACAGCCACAACGUAAUUUAUUGCUGUACAUUUAGCUGCUGUGACUGGUUUUGUACCUUUCCAAUAAAGCAUUUUUCUGGUUUUGGA